UUUUUUGUAUCUAUAUUCAUGAGGGAUAUUAGCCUAUAAGGUUUUGUUUUGUUUUGUUUUGUUUUUGGCCUUUAGUUUUCUUACGAUGUCUCUGGCCUUUCUCAUCUAAACGCAAAUGUCAAUUACUCUUGAUAUUUUGCUUGUCUGAAUGUCUCUGUGUCUCUAAGUUGUUUAAACAGAUCUCUAUUCAAAGCUAACAGUUUUUCUAUCUUAGCACUUUGAAGAUGAUCUUCCAUUGUCUUCUGGUCUCCAUUGUUUCUGUUGAGAAGUUUUGUUUUUUUUUAAUUUUUUUUCAACGUUUUUUUAUUUAUUUUUGGGACAGAGAGAGACAGAGCAUGAACGGGGGAGGGGCAGAGAGAGAGGGAGACACAGAAUCGGAAACAGGCUCCAGGCUCCGAGCCAUCAGCCCAGAGCCCGACGCGGGGCUCGGACUCACGGACCGCGAGAUCGUGACCUGGCUGAAGUCGGACGCUUAACCGACUGCGCCACCCAGGCGCCCCAGUUUUGUUUUUUUUAAAGAAUUUUCUUUUUUUUUUUGAGAGUGAGCAUGCACGUGCAUGCACGUGUGCAGGGGAGGGGCAGGACGAGAGGGAGAAGGAGGAUCUUAAGCAGGCUGCAUGCACAGCAUGGAGCCCAAUGAGGGGCUCGAUCUCACCACCAGGAGACCGUGACCUGAACCAAAACCGAGAGUCAGACGCUUAACCAACUGAACCACCCAGGUGCCCCUAAACAUUUUAUUUUCAAGCACUCUCUACACCCAACAUGGGGCUUGAACUCACAACCCCGAAAUCGAGAGUCACAUACUCUACCAACUGAGCCAGCCAGGUGCCCCGAGAAGUUUGGUUUUUAAUAAUUACUCAUAUCUGGUCAUUUGCCCUUUUUUCUGACAUACUAAUAUCUUCUCAGCAUCUGAGGUUUUAGCGUUUCACUACACAGUGUGUAUAUGUGUAUUUCUUUCUGUUAAACUUUUUCAAGGCGUGUGCUCCUGAGGACACAGGUCUUUCAUCAAUAUGGGUAACUUUUAGUUAGCCCUUAUCUCUGAAGAUGUUGCUUUCUGUUGUCCUCUUUUCUUCUGGCAUCCCAAUUGGAUGGAUCUUUAGAUUCUAUCCCUAGGACUCUGCUCUUUCAUGUUUUUUAUCUUUUCCUCUCUCUACGUGGCACAGAUCUGUCAUCUAGUUCAAUAAUUUUCUUUCAGCUCUGACUAAUCUGCUAUUUAAUCACCCAUUAAGAUUUUAAAUUCUUUUGACUCUCUUUCUAUUUCCGAUAGUAGGUUACUAUUGUUUUAAAUUCUGUAUAUAUUUCUUUAAAAUGUUAAGCAUAUUUCUUUUAUGCUCUGGGUCUCUUCGAUCUAAAUGCUGUACUUGGGUGGAGGCAAAGGGUCGUACAAUUCUGUUAUUGUGUUAAAAAAAUUAUUUUUUUAAUGUUUAUUUACUUUUGAGAGAGAGAGAGAGAGAGAGCGCGCAGGGGAGGGGCAGAGAGAGAGAGAGGGAGACCCAGAAUCCGAAGCAGGCUCCAGGCUCCAAGGUGUCAGCACAGAGCCCAACAUGGGGCUCAAACUCACAAACCGUGAGACCGUGACCUGAGCCGAAGUCAGAAGCUUAACCGACUGAGCCACCCAGGAGUCCCUGUUACUGCGUUUUUUUAGUUGAUUCUUCUUCAUGGGGCCUUUUUCCCAUGGUGGUUUCUAAUUAGAAGCUCUGUGACUGGUCCUAAUACGUGUGAAUCUGAGGGACCUGGGUCGAGACUGUGUCCCACAGAUGGGGUUUAGACUCCCUCUGCCAGGCCUCUUGGCAUGCUGCUAACAUAGAUGCACUUCAGGUCAACUGCCUGGCAUGGAGCUCUCUUUGAGUGGAAACAGAAGAUAAAUUCAAACUCAGAUGCUGAAUAGGGCAGGCUGGUGGUGACAGAUUCUUGGGGAACAUUCUUCUCUUUUAUUCACUCUAGCCAAUGUCUGAGAGAAGACAGAGUUCCUUGUCAGCUCCAUUUGCCAGCAAAUUGAUUUUUCCCUAGUUUACACUUUGAUGGUUAGGCCUUCGGGGAGUCUUCAGGGGCUUUUGCAGGGCAUGGCAGUUCCAGCUCCCACCUCAUCUGGCCUGAAGCCUUGUCCGCGUUGGCCCUGUUCAGCUCAGGAAACCAAGGCUCUUGGUGUUGGUCAGACAGUUCUGAGGCAGCCCGUAGCCUCAGGGCUGCCUUCUGUUCUGGUUUGACAGUAUUCUUAUCGGCUUUGGCCUCUGUUGAUUUUUACUUCCUAGAGAUCAGCUAUGCAUUUAAAAGGGUGUUUUGUGUAUCUUACUCGGCAUUUCUAGAUGUUUGGAGAGGAACGUUUUUCAGAAUAGCUACACUCAUACUAUGGGAAGUUGAAGCCUCGUAUUUUGUUUCUAUCUAAAGUAUAGCUAAGUAUUGAUAUUCUGAUUCUUGCGAUGUUUUGGUUCUUAAGAACUGUAACACUAAUGAUCAUAUUAAAUAACGUUAAGUCACAAUGUUAGUUUAUUAAAAAGCAUGUGUACAUGCAUCGCACAUAGAUACUCAGGCUUCCAGCCCAUCUGAAUGAUGAUUUUUAUUUUGAAAGCAUUCAUUCAGAAAAAUUACACCACCGCUUUGUGCUAUGACACGGCAAGAUCUCCAAUAAGGGAUCUUGAUUCCUGAUGUGGUGGCAGUUCUAAUAAUUACGAAUUCGCAGGACAGUAUUCUCUUCACCAGCCUGCUGCCACGUCAACACUGUCCACGUCUAAAGCAUGUUCUGGCACUGUCUUUCCUCAGAGCAGCGCCAGUGGAUUCUGCUCACGGCAUCAGCACUCGUGUUUUCCACGCCGCAGAUGAUAAAGUCCCCUUAUUUUCCUUCUUCUCCACAAGCCUGCCAAGCCUCCCUAGCCUCCCAUCUGCGGGGCCUGUGGAUUCCCACUCAGCGCAGAGAGCAGCGAGGCAGGGCCUCCAGUCACACUUAGGCGUGAAUCCCAACUCUUGACUCCUCCGGUGCUGUGUCCUUACACAAACCACUUAACCUUCGUCACACGAAGAAAACCACAGCACCUGCCCUCACGGAUGCGUGAGGAAUCAAGGAGGGGAAAACGGAACCCAUCACAGUGGUGAAGCUGCUGGCCUGCUUCGACGACCUCGUGGCCGCGGGCACAGCCUCUGGGAGAGUUGCUGUUUUUCAGCUUGUGUCUUCCUUGCCAGGGAGAAAUAAACAACUUCGGAGAUUUGAUGUCACCGGUAUUCACAAAAAUAGCAUAACAGCUCUGGCUUGGAGCCCCAAUGGAAUGAAAUUGUUCUCUGGAGAUGACAAAGGGAAAAUUGUGUAUUCUUCUCUGGAUCUAGACCAGGGCGUCUGUAACUCCCAUUUGGUGUUAGAAGAGCCAUCUUCAAUCGUGCAGCUGGAUUAUAGCCAGAAAGUUCUGCUCGUGUCUACACUACAAAGAAGCCUGCUUUUUUACACGGAAGAGAAGUCUGUCAAGCAGAUUGGAACACAACCAAGGAAAAGCACUGGGAAAUUUGGAGCUUGUUUUAUACCAGGGCUCUGUAAGCAAAGUGAUCUGACUUUGUAUGCGUCACGGCCUGGGCUCCGGCUCUGGAAAGCGGACAUCCAUGGGACUGUUCAAGCCACGUUUAUCUUAAAAGAUGUCUUUGCCGGAGGAGUCAAGCCUUUCGAACUGUACCCGCGUCUGGAAUCCUCCAACAGGGGAAGUUGCAGCUUACCUGAGAAGCACCUGGGGCUCGUUUCAUGUUUCUUCCAAGAAGGCUGGGUGUUGAGUUGGAAUGAAUAUAGCAUUUACCUUCUAGACACCGUCAACCAGGCUACAAUUGCUGGUUUGGAAGGAUCUGGUGAUAUUGUGUCUGUUUCCUGCACAGAAAAUGAAAUAUUUUUCUUAAAGGGAGAUAGGAACAUUAUAAGAAUUUCAAGCAGACCUGAAGGACUGGCAUCAAUAGCGCGAGACAGCCUGGAGACGUCCGGGUGCACAGAGCAGGUGUCCGGGCAGCGCGCGGAGAAGCCGUCGGGGGCCACAGUUUCUGAGACGAGGCUCAGGGGCUCUUCCGUGGCCAGCUCCGUGGCCAGCGAGCCACGGAGCAGGAGCAGUUCUCUCAACUCCACCGACAGUGGCUCCGGGCUCCAGGCGGCGCCAGAGCCGGGGAGGGGUGGCCAGCCCGCCUCACAGAGAUUCAGCGUGAUCAGCUCAGAAGAGUUUGAGCAGGAGCUCGUGGUGAAGCCGCUGAAAGUGAGAAAGAAGAGGAAGAAGAAGUCAGAAGGUGGAAGCCGGAGUGCCUGCCACAGUUCCCUUGAGUCAACUCCCUGCUGUGAGUUUCCGGGUGACAGUCCCCAGUCCUUGAGCACAGACCUGCUGUCCAUGACCUCAAGUUUGGGCAGCAUUGUGGAUCGCUCGAGCACAGAGUCUCCUGACCGGGAGAGUAACCUCAGCGGAGAGGUGAAUGGUGCCCUGCAGGAGAAUAAUGACCCCGAAGCGUUCAGUGUCCUGGAGGUGCCUGAGCCUGCCCCUGACGUACUGAAUGAAGGGCGUGACAGUAGACCUGAAAGUCCACGAUGGAACCACGCAGGCGAGACGGAGCCACACAGGGGAGUGUGGACUUCACUCUUGGAGCUGAGAGAGGCUGUGGAAGGCAGUGAUGUUACCGACCUCAGAGAGGAGCCUUGCCCCGCAGACGAGGGACUGAAUAGCAGACAGUCACGCUGGCGAGAACAGGCCCGGGAAGCAGGGGACAUGGAGCCCGAUGACCCCCAAAGCACUUUUUCUGAAGCCCCCUUCCUAGACUCACCCCCGGUGCCUUCAAGCCUCAGCUGGGCCCCCCACGCGGAGCAGCGGCUGCCGGGGACCAGAGCUGGCGAAGGCGGUGCCGAGGGGCCCGGCAAGGGGCAGGGCUUCCUAACGCACGUGGAGGCCCCCGGCCACCUCGGCUCAUCUCCCUGGCACGCUGUCACUGACAGUGACACAGGCCUAAAGGAAAUGGCGGCCUCGGAACGUGACCUGGGGAGUGCGGGAGGACGGCGGACUCCCCCGGUCUCUGCCUUGGCGACUCGCACCCGUGAGCCGCGGCUGGAGCAGCCUUCCCGGGACCAGGUGUUAACGUCCAGCGACGAGGAGGACAUCUAUGCCCAAGGGUUGCCUUCAUCUUCUUCGGAGACGAGCGUGACUGAGCUCGGGGGUAGUCGUUCCCUGCAGGACCUGAGCCAGCCCGGCACAGAAGACACCGGGCUGCUAAAGUCAGAUCAGUUUGCAGAGAGCUGGAUGGGGUACUCUGGCCCCGGCUACGGCAUACUCAGCCUGGCGGUCUCCGAGAAGUACAUCUGGUGCCUGGACUACAAAGGCGGCCUGUUCUGCAGCGCGCUGCCGGGCGCCGGGCUACGCUGGCAGAAGUUCGAAGACGCCGUCCAGCAGGUGGCAGUCUCACCCUCAGGCGCCCUCCUCUGGAAGAUUGAACAGAAAUCUAACCGAGCUUUUGCUUGUGGAAAAGUGACCAUCAAGGGAAAGCGGCACUGGUACGAAGCGCUGCCCCAGGCAGUUUUUGUGGCCCUGAGCGAUGACACGGCCUGGAUCAUCAGGACGAACGGAGACCUAUACCUGCAGACAGGUCUCAGUGUGGAUCGCCCCUGUGCCAGAGCCGUGAAGGUCGACUGUCCAUACCCACUGUCCCAGAUCACAGCCCGAAACAGCGUGGUGUGGGCGCUGACAGAGCAGAGGGCCCUCCUGUAUCGGGAGGGCGUGAGCAGCUUCUGUCCUGAAGGGGAGCAGUGGAAAUGUGACAUCGUCAGUGAAAGGCAGGCUUUGGAACCUGUCUGUAUAACCCUUGGGGACCAGCAGACUCUGUGGGCCCUGGACAUCCGAGGAAACCUGUGGUUCAGGACCGGCAUCGUUUCCAAGAAGCCUCAGGGAGAUGACGACCAUUGGUGGCAAGUGAGCAUCACAGACUACGUGGUGUUCGACCAGUGCAGCUUAUUCCAGACCAUAAUCCAUGCCACGCACUCGGUGGCCACCGCAGCCCAGGUGCCCGUCGAAAAGGUGGCAGAUAAACUGCGCAUGGCCUUUUGGUCUCAGCAGCUUCAGUGCCAGCCAAGCCUUCUCGGGGUCAACAACAGUGGCGUCUGGAUCUCCUCAGGCAAGAACGAAUUCCAUGUCGCUAAAGGAAAUCUCAUCGGCACUUACUGGAAUAAUGUUGUUCCCCGAGGGACAGCUUCUGCAACAAAAUGGGCCUUUGUGCUGGCUUCCACUGCUCCCACAAAGGAAGGAAGUUCCUUGUGGCUGUGCCAGAGCAGCAAGGACCUGUGCAGCGUCAGCGCCCAGAACGCUCAGUCCCGCCCCUCCACGGUGCAGCUGCCUCCCGACGCCGAGAUGAGGGCUUACGCCGCCUGCCAGGACGCCCUGUGGGCCCUGGACAGCCUCGGCCAGGUGUUCAUCCGGACGCUGUCCAAGAGCUGCCCCACAGGCAUGCACUGGACGAGGCUGGACCUUUCCCAGCUAGGACCUAUAAAACUGACAAGCCUGGCGUGUGGAAAUCAGCACAUCUGGGCCUGUGAUUCCAGGGGCGGAGUUUACUUCCGAGUAGGAACCCAGCCUCUCAAUCCCAGUCUGAUGCUUCCGGCCUGGAUAAUGAUUGAGCCGCCUGUCCAGCCUGCUGGGGUCACGCUGGUGAGCCUGCACUCCAGCCCCAACGACCAGAUGCUGUGGGCACUCGACAGCAGGUGGAACGUCCACGUCCGGGCGGGGAUCACCGAAGAGAUGCCGGUGGGGACCGACUGGGAGCACGUGCCAGGGCUGCAAGCCUGCCAGCUGGCCCUGAGCACCAGGACCGUGUGGGCCCGCUGCCCCAACGGCGAUCUUGCCCGGCGGUACGGCGUCACCGACAAAAACCCUGCCGGAGACUACUGGAAGAAGAUUCCCGGAAACGUGACAUGUUUCACAGGCAGGUGCCAGGGCUCCGCGGGACUCGGGGCUGCGCGGCUCUCCCUGGGUCCGAGGCUCCCGUGGGCAGUGUCAGCAGGGGCUCCACCAGAGGCUGCCCCCACCGGGCUCUCUCUCCAGAGAGCCAGGGGUCACACCAGAGGGAGGGCGCCUGGCACCUGGCUGGCCAGAGUCUCCCAGGAGGAGCACAGGGUGCUGGGCCACCCGCUUUCGAGCUGAGGAAACCGAGUCAGGGGUCGGGAUGGUGGAGCGGCCCCUUCUCCGCGUGUGUCCCCUACCCGGGCCCACCUACUGACGAGCGUGUGGCCGGCUCUCGUCCCCUGCAGUGACCUCGUCGGACGAGCUGUGGGCAGUGGGCCCCCCAGGCUACCUCCUCCAGCGGCUGACCAAGACUUUCAGCCACUCUCGCGGCGCCCACGGCGGCCACGCCCCCACCCCCCACCCCGAGGACCUGGAGGACGAGUGGGAGGUCAUCUGAAGGAGCGGGGACAGGGCGGCUCAGGAGGGAGGAAGCCGGCACGUGCAGCGGACGCGGUGCGGUGGUGGCGCUCGCUCUCGGCCAGCCAGGUGGGGCCGGGUCGGACGGCCCACGCUUGCUCUCGUCCGUGUUUGUUUCCGUCUUGUUCCAGAACCCACAGCCUCAGCCGAGCGGCCCGGAGCCGUGGCCAGAGCGGCAGCGCCUCUGAGCUCUUGCUCUGUCCUCCUCCGGCCGCUCCGGGCCCAGUGUGGGGACGGCCGCGUGGGUAACCCCCGGCGAAACGGAGCCGGAGGUUGGCACUCUCUGACCGCGGGGGGGUGGCCUGGCGACCGCUUCGUUGCCACCACGGGGACGCGGGCUCCGGCACACGUUCCGCGCCGGACGCCCCGCUUGGGGAACCGGGGCCGUGUCUGAGAGGCGGGGUGCUGGGCUGUGCCCGGAUGCGGCACGCGCACAUGCACGCGCACACGCACGCCGCCCACGCCCUCCCGGCCGCCUCCUGGAGAACACACUUCAGCCCAAACAACAAAGGCCGGUGGACAAGACGGGGUGUGAGAGGUGCACGUGUUUCCAAGGCAGCGGAGGCCCAGGUAGGGGCGGCCGGACGUGGGGGAGCCCAGCCACGUUAGUAACCGAGAAACGUCUCUAGACUAGUAUUUAACUAAUGCUGCUGGCGGGUAUCGUAAA